AUGGAGGCAUGGCUGGUGCAGGAAGUUGUCAAUGUUCAGCUUCAUAGGGCGGUUGGAAUUGUAGCAUCUGCUCUUGAAGUCCUACGCGAUCUCAUGCACCAGUUGCCAGAACGACAACUUCCGGAUCAGCCACUCCGUGCUAUUCUGGUACUUUCGGAUCUCUCCCUCAACACCACCAUGCCUGGAAAGAAGUGGUGUGGCUUCUUUACGCCACUAGUCGCGGGAUCUGACUUCCUAGGCACCUUGCUGCCAGUAGACUUCGCACCAUCUGCUUCGUCUGAAACACCAUUAUGUAUAUGUAGAAGAAUAGGAUGUCGAGUUGGAGAUGAGGCAUUUACUAAUUCAGGGAUGCAUAAUUGGAGAAAAGCAAUGGAAUUAUUUAAUACGCAUGUUGGUGGUGUAGCUAGUGCUCACAAUGAUGCAAGAACACAACUUGAGGCUUUUCAAAAUCAACGACAAAGUGUGUCACAUUUGCUACAAGCACAGGGACGUGGAAUGGAGAUUGCAUAUAGCACUCGAUUAACGAAGGCUAUUGAUGAAUUGUUUGCAAAACAUAAGUUGUCAUUAUCAAGAUUAAGAGGUCAAGGAUAUGACGGAGCUUCAAAUAUGCGAGGUGCUAAAAGCAAUCGAAUUGUGAGUGAUUUCUUCCAAUAUGUUACUAUGAUUAAAGGAGAUAUUGUUAGUGGUAAAGGAAAAAAUCAGGAGAUCAGUUUAAAACGACCAGGGGAUACUCAUUGGGGUUCACAUUACAUGACUAUUAUCCGUUUGAUGUCUACAUGGACUUCUGUUUUACAAGUGCUUGAAAAUAUGUAUGAUGAUGGCACUAAUGAUGAUAAUAAUAAUAUCGCCGCCAGUUUGAUUGAUAAGAUGGAGAGUUAUGAAUUUGUGUUUGUGAUGCAUUUGAUGAAAUCUUUAUUGGGAAUCACAAAUGAAUUGUCACUUGCCUUACAACAAAAGGAUCAAAACAUUGUACUAGCUAUCAGUUUGAUCAAGACAAUGAAAGUUCUUGAUAUGAUGGUUCAAGAGAUGAAUAAUCGGUUUUCAGAAUCAAGUACGGAGGUACUUACUUGCAUUGUUUGCUUAGAUCCAAAGGACUCUUUUUCUCAAUUUAAUAUUAGUAAGCUACUCCGCCUUGCUGAACUUUAUCCGGAGGACUUUUCAUUGACUGAUCGUGUAAUACUUGAGGACCAACUUGAGACUUACAUUCAAAAUGUGCGAGGUGAAUUUUCUAUGAUUGAAGAUUUGGGAAGUCUUGCUAAAAAGAUGGUUGAAACGGGCAAUAAUACAGUUUUUUCAUUGGUUUAUCGUUUGAUCGAGUUAGCAUUGGUUUUACCAGUUGCAACUGCUUCUGUUGAAAGGGUUUUUUCUGCUAUGAAAAUUAUCAAGACUGAUUUUCGUAAUAGGAUGGGGGAUGAGUGGAUGAAUGACAGUUUGAUAGUAUACAUCGAGAAGGAUAUUUUUGCCACAAUUGAAAAUGAACAAAUUUUACAACAUUUUCAAUAG